AUGAACACGACACUCGUUCAUCCAGUCUAUUUUCCAUACCCUCUCGCGCCUGCACUACAUGCAGCCCGCAUCUCUAUUGCUUUCCAGAUAGCACAGCGUAAAUCUCCUGCAUCUCCGUCGUGGGGGACGUAUAUCUUUGGCUAUCUCAUUACGUGCUGGGCAGGUGGAUUAUUGUCACAUUUCCUCCUCGGCCUACCCCCGCCCAUGCUCUAUUCAUUCCACCCAUAUAUCAUUUACAUCACCGUACAUCUUGUCUCGACGCUCUUAUUUAGCCUCUUUCCAUUUCUCCUGUCCGCCCCCGCACUUAUCGACACCCUUCUCUUCCCCCUUGACGCCCUUCUUCGUGCGAACACAGUCGCACUAAACCUCGCUCACCUCUCCCUCCCCCUCUCUCCCUCUUCACGGACUCCCUUGCAAUACGCCCUCUCGCCCUUCUCACAUCUUCUCUUUGGAAGCAUCGCAGUCGCCUCGGGGGGUAUAGCGCUAUCCACCUUCUCACUUGCUUCCAAUCAGUGGAGUUUGUCAACUCCACAUGUGUUAAGGUCUACUGCGGGACUGUGGGAUAACACGGACGUUUGGGCGGGUGCGUUAGCUGCAUACAUAUACAGCAGCACGACACAUCAUCCCGCAUUCACAUUCGACUCGAGAUCCAAAUUUCAAUACCCAUUGGUGAAUUUGGAAGGCCGCCUUCCCUUCGACGCACAAACGGCGAAGUCCCUCUCGGCCUUUGUGUUGGUGGCGAUCUACGCUACGCGCGUAGUUGCGGUGCAUUAUCUGCCGUCGUGGAAGUCUUCGACGAAGACUCAAACGAAAAAUAGUCCUUCGGCGAAAAAGAAGACGCAGUGA